AUGCCCCCACAUCAUUCAAAAGAGGCAGUCUUUCUUAUCUGCACUAUUGCAGCCAUUGCACGUAGAUUCUACCUGGGGCACCAUAUGAUGAAAAGAAAACAAGAACUUUCUUUUCUGUUUUUUACUACUUCCUUUCUCUUCAAUUCCAAGCCUCUAUCUCCUUUAAACUUGCCCAUACAGUACAAACUUUCCUCUUUGCCACUUCAAACCUGUCACAUCUACAAGAGAAACAAGAGUCUGAUCUAGAAUAUAGCUUUCAAACAAAUCAAGUUCCUUCCAUACACCAGCCAAGAAAAUUAGAAAAAGACCAAACAAACAGUUCUAGCCAACCUAAGCGCCUCUCAUGGGCUCUCUCUUCUCUCUCACAUUGAUAAUUCUUUCAUGGGCAUCAUUACUAUUGAUGAAAGCUGAAGCUGAAGGGAUCAGAUCAGCUCGCCUUCUUGAUCUUCUCAUUAGGGACUACACAGUAAAGUCCUUUGACAGGCACUUGAGAACAGGCAUUGUACACACUGUACAUUUACCUGCAAAUUUCUCUGGCAUCAAAGUCGACAUAGCAAGGUUCAGAUGUGGAAGUCUCCACAGAUAUGGCGCACAAGUUAAGGAAUUUCAUCUGGGAAGUGGGACGACUGUACAGCCUUGUGCAGAGAGAGUCAUGGUAGUUAGACAAAACUUGGGUCAUAAUUGGUCAUCGAUAUAUUAUGCUAACUAUGAUCUAUCAGGUUACCAGCUUGUGUCACCUGUAUUAGGCCUUCUGGCUUAUAAUGCUGGCAGCGAUGUGAGUUUUGGUAGCCCUUUUCAGCUUGGGAUUCUUGCCAGAGAAAAACCAAUUAAAAUAGAUUUCAGCAACUUCACAAAGGCAUCCAACAUGACAGGAAUCAGGCUGUUCUGUGCUAGUUUUGAAGGAGAUGGCAAAGUAACAAUGAAAAACCAAGUAUCACCCAAUGUUUGUUUUGCAACCAGGCAUGGCCAUUUUGGUUUGGUCAUUGAGUCACCGCCAUCACUGCCUGUGAGGAAGAAGAUUAGCAGAUGGAAAGUGGUGGUUGGCAGCUCAAUUGGAGCUGCAUUGGGUGCUUUCCUCUUGGGGUUGCUUUUUGUGGCAAUGUUCGUUAAGGUGAAGAAGAAAGCAAGAAUGGAGGAGUUGGAGAGGAGAGCAUAUGAAGAGGAAGCUCUUCAAGUUUCCAUGGUUGGACAUAUCAGGGCUCCGACAGCAUCUAUUACUCGAACGACGCCUACAAUCGAACAUGAGUACAUACCUUAUCCUUCUUGAACUGUAAGUUAUGUGUUUUUCUUUUUCCCUUUUUAUGUAUGAUCAUUCUUUUUUGUAAGAUUAGCUCUAUUUGUUUUUGACGUAAAAAACAAAUCCAACCAAAUAUUCUUGGGUUCAAUAUCUUGGAACAGGACAACUCUGUUUUUCAAGGAUAUGUUGCAUCCUUAUUCUCUUUUCCCAUAACUUUCAGGAAAAGGACGAGACUCUUUACGUUUUU